AAUACUGAUCAUGUGAUCAGGUAAUCAGAGUGAUCUAUAUGGGUCAUUAAACCUUCAAACACAAUGAUAAGCAACUUAACAUGUGUUUUAUCAAUAUGGACUACCUCAUAUUGAACUAUGACCCCAGUAGAAACAAACCAAUAGCAUUUGUAUGUUUACAUUUCAGUUGUUUUCUAACAGCUGAUUGACAGGUUGUGUUUAGCAAAGGAGAACUGGGAAACACUUUAAUUUUUAUUAAUGAUUUUUUACCUAUGUAGCACAGAACAUUAUUAAAAUAAUGUUGGUGUAACUUGGAAAAAUUGUUUCUCCAGCAAUAAAUUUGUAUGCAGUUUGAAUACAUCUAUUAAUGGAUUUUGUUGUAAGCUGCUGAUGCUGAUGGACUUUAUGAAUGAAGUAGGUGUAUCCAGGUCAGUGGGCCAAUUUAAUAAGAAACUGUAGUACAGCAGAAUCAACAGACUUGGAUUAUAGAUACUCAGUUGGCUUCCUGUGGUAAAACUUUGUGAUUCUAAAUUUAGACAAAAAACAUUUCCUGCAUAUAAUUGUUUAGCUCAUUAAUUUUAUUUUAGAUUGUAGUUAUUAUUCACUAUUAUAUAUUCUCAAGACACUUUGAAUUGUGACUUCAUAGUUGUUGAGGAGUUGAACAUAUGACACAGAUAGGAUUAUCAUUUUAUGAUGAGCAUUCAGUUUGACAGUUCAAGGUAUAUGAGAGAUACUCCGAUCUCUCCAUUCUAUUCUCAUCCUCCCCAUCUUCCGACUUUAUUUCAUCCUGAUAUAUAUAGCCAUAUGACCAGAUUUGACGAAGAUUUGUGGAAUUCAAGACUUGCUGAGAGAAAAAUCAUGGAACGAUACCAAGAAGACAAAUACUUCCAGAGAAUAUCUCCUCCGAAACAAAUGUCAGAGGAAAUAAGACCCGCAGAAAUAGACUUGACAACUACAGGACACAGGAAUCAGGUGGAGGACUACAGUCGUCACAGUCCACGAUAUUACUACAACAGUCUAGGAGAGAAAGAACGGGAAAGUGAAACAGAUUAUUCCAUUAAGUCUCACUCCGUGUCACCUCCAGGAUUGGAUGAAAGACUGAGGAAAAACUCGUACUUUACAUCUUCUUCAGUACAGAGCAAUGGCAUAAUGGAUAAAACUGAACAUCAAGGGGCAAUCAACUUAACAUCGGUUCGUGAAAGUACAGAAAGUUUGCAAAAUGGUGAAAUUCUGAGAAAUGGUGACAUGACAGAAGAAUCUCAGGAAACUGGGCAUCAAUCUCCCCAUGAUCUUCCAGUGGCAGCAAAAAGAAAGGUGAAGUCAAACAGUACCAUAGAAACAGGUAUGGGUAUGGGUGGAUUACUGGGACAACAGAUGGCAAUGGCUGCUCAGCAUGGUCUGACAGCACAACAGCUUCAGCAAUUCUUACAGCAACAAACAACUCCGGCUAUUAACCCAACUCAACUUCAACAGUUGAUGCAACAUCAGUCAAUGGUUAUGCAACAUCAGCAACAGCAAAAACUCCAAGAACAAGUUCUUCAAGAACUUAAUGAACAGUUACAAAUGAACAUGUUACAACAGUCAAAGCUCAUGCAGCAACCAGACAAGGUGAAAAACAGCAAAUCACAACAACAGUUGACUCAGUUGGCAGUACAACAACAACAGCUUGUACAACAGAUACAACAAAUACAGUUACAACAAAGACAGUUCUUGUUAGCAUGUCUAGCCCAGCCUUUUGUUGGUGUAAGCCAAGGGAUGAUGUCUCCUGUAGAGAUUCAACAAUUAUGGAAAGAAGUGGCAGCACAGUCUGGUUUACAAGAUGAGUCCAAAGCUCAUUUUAAUGGUCUCAACUCCACACGAUCUCAAACCCCUACUUCUCAGGCACUGCCCACAUGGACCAAUGGUGUAGCUAACCACCUGUCUCAACACAAUAUCUCAGGUCAACCAAGUCGACCUCCACCAGAAGAGGAAGAUGAUGAACCAAAAUUUACCACAUUAUACAGACAGGGACUGUGUAAAUGGCCAGGGUGUGAUAUUCAGUGUGAAAACUACAAAGUAUUUUUCAGACAUAUCAAUGAGGAACACCAUCUUGAUGAUAGAAGUACAGCUCAAGCAAGAGUUCAGAUGCAAGUUGUUAGUCAACUAGAAAUACAGUUAACAAGAGAAAAAGAACUUUUACAAGAAAUGAUGAGACAUCUUCAUAUGAAACCUAACGAUAAAAAUAGCUCUGUGGCUGAAGUUCAGAAGCCGAGGGCUCCAGUAAUUAUCAGCACAGCAGCAACAGAAAUGCCUACAUCCCCACAAUCAACAUCGACACUUUCAAGCUUAUCAGUGCCAAGCCCUCCAAAGAUGACAUCAGUGAUAACAAGCCCAACAAAGAUCUUACCUAGCUUACACAUGUCUGCAUCAGCACCACCUACUCCAGUGUCAUUGGUAUCCCACCCAAUCUCAUUGCCGAUCGUCAUCCCUCCACAGAUGGGACAUACAUCGAUAUCAAAACCGCCCACUCCUCAGUCCCAUUCCAUGUCACAGCCUUCUACUCCUACCAGUAUUGGUCCAAUGAGACGACGAGUGUCAGAUAAAUGUAAUUUACCAAUAUCAGCAGAAAUCCAAAGAAACCGAGAAUUUUACAAGAAUACAGAUGUCCGCCCACCUUUUACCUAUGCCUCUUUAAUAAGACAGGCUAUUAUAGAAUCUCAACACAAACAGCUGACGUUAAAUGAAAUCUAUCAGUGGUUCCAAAAUACAUUUUCAUAUUUUAGACGAAAUGAAGCCACAUGGAAGAAUGCUGUGCGACAUAACCUUAGCCUUCACAAAUGUUUUAUGAGAGUUGAGAAUGUUAAAGGAGCAGUUUGGACUGUUGAUGAAAUAGAAUUCUACAAGAGACGGCCUCAAAAAUUGGGAGGGAGUAUGGGAAUGAGAGAGAUACCAAGUCCUGGAUCUGAUCCUUCAGUUUUUGGUGAUAGUUUAAAUGCAAGUCUUAGGGCAGCAAUAGAGCAAGCUAAUAUUCAUUUUAUGAACAAUCAGAAUUAUUCCAACGGUGAAUCAUUAGAUGGAGCUGAAGAUCUCUCUAUGAAGUCAAACAGAAAUGACAGUUCAGAAAGCCUUUCAAAAUUUGAUUUUCCUUCUAGGGAAGAAUAUCAUAUGAUGAUGAAAGAAGAAGCUCAAGAUGAUGCUUACAAUGAAAAUGACAAUGAGGGUCAUCUGGGUGAUAGGCUUGAUAAAGAUGAAGAUAUGAAUGACAGUGAAAUAGACAGUAUCUCACAGGAGAUGAUUGAAGUGAAAACUGAGGAUCAGAUUUCUGUGCAUUCUCCGAAAGACAUUUCACAUGUACCUACAAAUCAUGAAAUAUUUUCAAGUUUGCUUCAGAAGGCACAAGAAUCAAUGUCAGCAGCUUCAAGUCAUAUAGCAUCUUAGAGAACAGGACCAAACAGUUGAAAACAGUUAUUGAUAAGAACAAUUUGUUAGAGUAAAUGUUCUGCUUUAAUUUAAUACAUUAACAAGAAAGCGAUUGACGUUUUUUAGAUACCUAUUAUGUGUCAGCCUUAUAUAAGGGGGACAACUCUUAAUUAUAAAAAAAAAAAGAAUUUGAAGGUUGUAAAAAUCUAAACUGGAUAGGACAUCUUUUGUAAAAAGUGUCGGGGAAAGUUUUAAUCAAAAUUGUUUUGUUAAGAACUUCUAUUAUUCUAGUGCUUUACAUGUUGUGUUUGUAUGUUGUUGUUGUUAUUUUUAGAGCUUUUAAUUGUUAACUUGUUUUAGACCAUUCAGAUGACGUGCAGAUUUGAAGUGUUACAAUUUUUAAUUUUAAUUAGCAGAUAUUUAGAUCUGGAAAUCAUAGCUUAUAGGGCAGUUUUAAUUUAAAAACAGAAUGCAGUGCUUCAUAUGCAUAAUUAUAAUGUAUAAAAUUUUACCACAGUCAAGUGCAUCAAGCAUUGUAGACUUCAUAUUAAUUUGUUUUAAAAGUUUUGUUUGAUGUGCAAUAAUAGGCAAUACAACACAGCUUCAACGAAGAGCUAUGUUUGAGAAAAUAUAACUGGAGUUAGUGCUUAACUACAUUUUGUACAUUUUGAUCAGGAGCAUAUGUUUUUUAAUUAAAGGACCAUCAUAUUUUCUGAGUAUUUUUUAAAAAUAUUAAUUUUGUUGACAAUGUCUAUAGACAGAAGAUGUGUGUAUUCUGUUAAUAUUAUCAUCAAUGUAAAAAUCAUUCAUCAAUUCAUACAGACAGAAGGACCAAAAAAUGUUUGUUAGUUCUAUAAUGUAUUUAUACUGAAAAUUUUAUUAGGUUGUUUUGAUUAUCCCUUGCAACAUGUUAUUGAGAAGUAAAAUAGUUGUGAAAUAUUCACAACAACUGAUUACUCACUAAAAAUACAAAGUUAGAUUUAACUUCACAGAAAUUUUAAGGUUGAUGGUAAAUUUUUGGAUUAUUAGUAUAUUUCAGAUUGUCUAGACUUAUUAGUAAAAUUAAAGACACCGUAAAUUUGCCACUAAAAAACUAUUUCUUAAAGUAUUGUUAUAAAUACUUCCAUAAAAUCUGGUUAGUUGUUAAGCAUUAUAUUUUUUAGUUUUUCUGUAUGUCAUUUUUUUUGUGAAAUUGAUUUUGGGUCAUAAUUUUAUAUGGGAAAUAAGUGAACACUGUAUCAUCUCACUUGUUUCUCACUCUAUGUUUCAGUAUUGGUAAGUUAAGCAUGACAUUUUUUAUUUUACAAGAUUGUGUUCAUGUAUUUUUGUACAUUCUGGUCCUUGUUGUAUAAAUGUUAGUUGUUAAUGUAUAUUUUACUGUUUAAGUCUUUUGACUAUUCAUUGAACUCUGUAAAUACUUUGUAAAUACAUCUUUUUUCAUAGAAAUGAACUUCUGAAGUCAUUCUAGGGAUAAAACGUAAUAUUAUAUUAUGAUUCUAUUUAUGAAAGACUUUUUAAAAUAAAUUAUAAUUGAGCAAUACAAUUUUUCCCAGUUUAACUGUUGAUAGACUAGUUCCAUUUCAUUGUAAUAUCAUCUCUAGAGUGUUGGCAGCAAAAUUAAUAUUUUAAUUUCAAAGUCUUAACUUGUUACAAAUUUCCAUACUCCCAUAAAAAAAUACUAGAAAAGCUAUUUCUAGCAUUUUGACCUUUACAUUCAACGAUUUGAUUAAUUCAGUAAUUUAGAGUUUAAAGGGGCACUAGCUGUCAAAUUCAUGGUCACCUAUUUGACUCAAAUUUUCAUAUUUUAUUCAUAACAAUGUAAAACAUUUAUCCAAACUAUCAAAAGUGUGAAAUAAACAGUUUACAGAGCAUAGGGGCAAUAAUAUGUAGUAUCGUUUCGUGUGUAUUUUAGUCUAGACUCCAUCUAAUUAAAUAUUGAAUUGACCUCGGAUGACCAUAUAAGUGAUGUAAACAUAAAGAUACUAAUGAUUAGAUAUAAAUAGAUUAAGCCAACACAUGCAUUUGAAUUUUUAUAGGUCUGUUUAAAUUUAUUUUAUAGAUUAAAAAUAUAUGUUUCUCCUCAUUUUUACAUGUAGAAGAAAGAUUUUUAGUGGAUCGAGUCAGUCAUCAAAUGAUUUACCUUUGUUUCACUUGCAAUGUUGACAUUCCUUUCCUUUUAAUAAACAGUACACGUACAAAGCAUGGGUUGUCCAUCUCUAGUUAAGGGGUUAAAUCGAAAUUCACAUGAAUACAGAUUUAAUGAGGUUGACUUAACUUAUUUACUUGCAAGUGAAUAAGUCAUAAUCCAUAUUAUUUAGCUUAAUUUGACAAAAUUGAACCAUUUUGGCUGUUAAAAGGAAUUAUUAUUUCACUAUUUCACUUUUAUCAUUGAUUGAACAAAAACAAAUCAUACUUUGAAUUUUUAUGCAUCUUGUAGCUAGUGCCCCUUAAAAAAUAUGAUCGAGAUAUUAUUUUACUCUCCUAUCCUUUGUUCCUUUUUUACUGUAGAUAGCCACUGUUAAACAGCAUUUAUAAGCCAAUAUCGUUAUGUAUACAUCUGUCAUUUUAUCAUUAGAUUUGAAAUUUGCAAAAAAUAGAAUUUAUUAUUGUAGAAAUGACAUUGCUUUCAAUAAAUUUGAAAGGCAUCUUUAAAAAAAUUAUCAGAACUACAUACAUUUAAUGAAAACCUGAUUGACUUUACCACCUUUUGCACAAAUAUGUUUAAUUUCAGUGGAGGUAAAAACUGGAUUUUACAGCAGGUCAAAGAGGUUUUUAAAUAUGAAGGAAGUAUCCCAAUUUUAUUUUUUAUUUUCUUAAAAUGAUGUCCAAAAGAAUUCUAAAUUUCUGUCAAUAAGAUUUAUUUAUCUACCCAAGAAUUAUUUAAGAAUCUUCUAUUUUUCUGAAAUUUUUCCGUUUUAUUUUUUUAAUCAAAUGUUAGGAAAAUGUACAGCAUAUGUAUUUAUAGGCUGCUAAACAUUUCAUAUUUUGUUUGUUUGUUUGUUUCAUUUAUUUCAUUUCAUAUUUUGUUUGUUUUCUUUUUAAUGGGACAAUCAUUUCCUAAAAAGUAAAGAGAUGAUAGUCUGAACACUGUUAUCUUUAUUGUUAUAUCAUUGAUUUUAAUCACUUUCAGAAGCAACAGAUGUUUUCAUUUGUUCAUUCUCUGUUAAAUAUAUUUAUUUUUUUAUGUCUGAUAUAUCUGCUAUACAAACAAAACCAACAAACUGAUCUGUUAUUGUAUUUAUUGAAAGUGUACUAAUAGCAGUUUGAAGUUUUUAAUGUCAAACAAAAAAACUAUUUGAAGUUUUAAAUGUCAAACCAAAAAACUAUUUAAAGUUUUUAAUGUCAAACAAAGUAAAAGGAGAACAGAGAAUAAAGAAUAAAGAAAUUAUGAAAAAUAAAAUCAUAGAAUAAAGUAACUGAUCUUUUUUUAUUUUUUUUUACAUUUCAACAGAUUUAUGCUUUUUAUCAAAAAUAAAAUAAAACUAAAAGAAUUUUAUAUAUUGAUGUAAAUCUGAUGUGGUAAAUAAAAAAUAAAAAUGAGAUUUGACUUAGUAACACUGUCAUGCUAUAGCGUUAAGUUUAACAUCUUGUUUUAUAAAUUUCUCUGCAUUAGAAAACCUAAAUGUGCAACUGGUUUGCAUAAUAACUUAAAAAAUGUAUUUAAAAUACAGUUCAUCAUGCCAAUACUAAUUUGGUAGAAUGUGUUUGACCUUAAAGAUUUUAAAAUCAUUUCAUUAAACAUAAAUUCACCUA